AGUUUUCAAGAUUCAACGUCGUUAGAAGAAGAAUAUGCUCAAAAAUCCAUUCAAUGUCGAGUAAAUGUGCGCUGUGCUUUCCGGAAUAUGCAUAGCCUUAUUCCACCCACUUUCAACGGAGGCUUCAGGAAGUGAUGGCCAUAGAUAAGGCAGAGGUUCCUGCCUCAGGCUCGGUUCUACUUGAGCAGUCUAAAGUCGGGGAAGUCAUCAUCUGUAACACAAUCCUGAUAGUCAUCACCUCAUGUGGAUUAUCAAUACGGGGGUUUGUGGAGAUGAGGUAUCUGAAUGGCCUGAGAAUUGAUGGCGCCCUUUGCGUUGUUAGCUGGGGCUUUGCAUUUAUAUUAUGUUUUAUUUCCAUGUGGAUGACCAGAUAUGGCUAUGGCCGGCAUAUGACCUUUGCUGAAGCAGACACGUUGGCAAUGGUUACAUUGCUGAAGCUCAACUUUGUGACUCUUUUUGUCUAUCUGAUCUCCCUGGCCGUUAUCAAAGCAUCGUUCUGUCUACUAUACAUGAGAUUGUUUCGAGCAACCUAUGUCGCCCGGGCCUCUAUGAUAAUACUGGUAUUUAUCGUCUGCCAAUUCAUUGAAGAGAUAGCCGUUGUGAUCUUCCACUGCUCUCCUAUACGAAAGUUUUGGGAUGCUGGGGAUAAAGUACAAGGGCGAUGUUUCAGCCUUCUGGUCUUUUACUACGUCUCUUUUGCCACAAGGUUGGUUACGGAUCUUGUUAUAUUUGCGCUGCCAAUCCCAAUAUUGCUGAAACUCAACCUUGAAUCUUGGAAGAAAGCAGGGUUGAUUCUCAUGUUUGCGCUUGGGCUGCUAGUCUGCGCGACAAGUAUUAUCCGUUGUACGUACCUGGAAGAGCUUCAGAAUGAUUUUACCUGGAACCUCGUUGCCCCAUUGAACUGGUCCGCUGUGGAAGUUUGUCUUUUUAUCUUCAUCUCGUGCAUUCCUUCGCUGAAAGCGCUGGUCAACUUUCACUCGCCGAUUUUGCGCAGAGUCUUUAGGCUUUCCAGCACCGAUGAGUCUCAACGAUUCGACUCUCCUGAACAGAAAACCACAACAGGGCAAAGUCGUUUUAAAAUUCGACCUGCGUAUCAUCAGCGCCAUAUGGACGUCGAGAAUUCUGGGCUCCCUUCGCCAUUGGUAGAGGACAGUGAGGAGUCAAGAGCCUACAUGGCAGGUGGAAGGUUGGGGUGACAAAUAUCCAAUGUAUAUUCUUCCUCUGUUUAUUAUAUCAGAGCGGAAAUAUACACACACCUUCUAAUCUAUCAUCUUAUCCCGUAAAUAAUCCGCAAACCCC